CGUCAUAGUAAUAUAGGAAGUGGCGCGCCUUAGACAGAAUGCUACUGGGACGUUUCAGGAACAAAAAGGAGCGAAAUGCAUAGGCGGAUCCAAAAGUGGCCCUCACCAUGUCGAUGUAUACCAUCAUCACGGCUUUUCUGAUGUUUGUGAACGCACUGGCGAUCCUCAAUGAAGAAAGGUUUCUGAAGCCAUAUGGAUGGGGCUUUCAGGAGAUGUCGGGAGGGCGUGUAGCAUCGCUCAAGGGCCAGAUCAUUGGACUUUUGCAUGCAGUACAAUACCUCCGAGUUCCUCUUAUUGUGAUGAAUGUGAUCACCAUUUUCGGAAAACUACUGUUUGGAUAGCAAAGCAAAAUCCGAGCUACCUCCCGGCGCGGGGAGAAAAAGGUGCAAAAAAGGGAAACUGUUGCCGGGCCUAAACCACAUUGAGCCAUGGCGGCUGGCCGCUGCCAUGGCCAGCAUCGAUCUCCGGUAGGACUGGGCGGCCGCGGGAUACCAAUCAAUGAUUCAAAAUCAAACGACUCCAACUGAGUUUCUAAAGUGAGGCUGCGGCUGCACUAGUCAUGUCAUUGAGCAAGGGCAGAAACGUCUCCGGAUCGGCGGCCAGCGUCUGAGUCAGUUGUUCUUGGUGGCGGCCUGAUCAUUGUGCUGCGGUAUAUCUUACUAACUCGCCGGGACUGUACAUGAUGAUCUGGGUACGACGCCAGUGAAAUAUAUCCAAUGUCCAGUGGGGCCGCAAGUAUCAUGCGUAUCUGCUCGCCCUUGCGCACUGGUCUUGCUGAGACGGUAUACAUAUGACCCCAG